UUUAGCGACUGCACCGCUGGGUCGUGCUGGCGUGAAACGCAAUUUAUGACUUUGGAGCAACCACACAAAACUGUGCCCGGUGUUCGGGCUAUGGCUAGCACGACGCGUGAACUUUCGUUAUCGAAGAAGCGCGGCAAGUGUGAAGUAGUUGCUGUUCUGUAUUGUUAGGGGUUCGCGAAGACAGCACUGCGAUUGUGGGUAACGGAACAAAGCGAGCGCCACUCGUAGGGUGAUAAGAACUACCUCCUUUAUUUCAACUGUACCAGAGAGUGCCACAGCAGCCUGCGGAAUUGUAGCAGCUAGUAAUCAUACGCAAGUUAGGGCUAACUUAGUUUGUAUACGUCCUGCGCUUCCACGAACACUUACACGAGCAACAAUUUCUUGCCAGCAAGAUGGGCACUUCACUUUGAGAGGAGCAUAAAAGAAGGGUAGCGAUAUCAGCCGAUAAGUGUACAUUCUUGUUUUUCUUUGUUUUUUUGGUAAGUGAGGGUUAGUUCCGGUAGGACAUUCGGCGGAAAGAUAGCAUGCAAGGUCUAUUGGGGCACCUCUGCUACGUUCAAAAUUUUGCACAGUCGCUUCAAGCUAGUGGCAAAUUCAAACACCUCGUUUUCCCCAGCUGUGCGGUAUCAUUUUAAUCGAAAUCAUGAAGCGACAAAAGUUUUAUUAGUUUCUGUUCUUUCUUGGCAUUGAGUGCGCAUGCGCGGUCAUUCAACAUUGCGCAUCCGUGAAUACACGCCAGUUCCACGGCAUCGAAACAUCAGACAUGGCUGAUGAAAGAAGCUACGAAUACACGCCUCCUGAGUUUAUUAUGACGCACGAGGCAACUGCAAGUACAAGCUCCGGUGGUACCACAGGCGCUUCAUCUUCUUUGGGCGCCUACACAACCAUUCCUGAUGACGUGUGGAAGUACCAGUGGAACACACAGCCCACGCUGAUAACCGAGGGCACUUACAACGUCGGCGACGUCCCUGACAAUGGUAUCACAAGUUACCAGCAACUGGGGUGCGUCAGCAGCAUCGAUCACGCAAGGCCCAGCACAAGCCGAGCUGGCAUGGAGGAAGCAUCAGGCAAUUUUGAAGGCGGUGCCACGAUUUCCGAGAGCACCAUGGUUCUCCAAGAGAAGACGCACUACCAACUGCCUGAAAGCAUGUCCACCGUCUUCGGGCAUACAGACAUGACAGAAACCGAAAGCACAGGUCUCACACUUCCGGUUUACAGCAGCAGCAGCAGCGGCGAUUACAAAGUGGCCAGUACGAGCCGGACUGGUACAGAGGAAGCAUCGGACAGUUCGGGAAACGACGCUAGGUGUCUUCUGCUCCUCCUGGAAGCACAGAGUCGAAGGCGAAUACCAAUGCCUGAUCCUGGGAUUUCUGAGCAAUGCAUCAGUCAUGCGUGGAUGGCGUUGCCCAGCCGGACCGGUGCCACUGACGUCAAUGGUAUGUUCGGCAUGGCCUUUAGCCAUCGAUACCGCCCACAAGAUGCUUACCAACCCACAGAGGAGGCAGCAUUUCAAUCGAUCAUGACGGCGGUGCCUUUAUUGGUCCUGCGGAGACCUUACUAG